AUGCAAGCUCCAUCGUUUUCGUUAUUGAGCAAACAAGAACAACGACAACGACCCAUUGGGAGUCAGAUUGUCAAUCGACAUAAUGUCAAAUUUCUCAUUCGAAUUCUUGUUGGUCUCACAUUAGCUCAUAUCGUUGGACAACGAUUUCAACCGAGUAAUGCUGCGCCUAGUAGUACAAAAUCAAACUGGAAACAUCGACCACAAAAAAUACAAUCAACAACUCUUUCGGAUGGUCAAGUUAAUGAUGAUAAAACAACAACUAUUAUAACUACAACUUCUUCAUUGACAACUCCUGGCUGGCAACCUGGUCAACAGAAGAAUUGUACAGAUCCAGCUAUUGAUGAAUUUCCCGAAGAUCUUUUUACACAAUCACAACGACGUAGUGGAGCUAUAAUAUUUCAUUUCAUUGCUUGUCUCUAUAUUUUCAUUGCAAUUGCUGUUGUUGUUGAUGAUUAUUUUAUAUCUGCAUUAGAUAAACUUUGUGCCACAUUAGGUCUUGAUGAAGAUGUUGCCGGUGCAACAUUUAUGGCUGGUGGAUCAUCAUCACCCGAAUUAUUUACAGCUAUUAUUGGAAUCUUUGUGGCAAAAGGUGAUGUUGGUGUUGGAACAAUUGUCGGUUCGGCUGUAUUCAAUGUUGUUUGUGUAAUUGGUGUAUGUGGCUUAUUUGUAAAUGCAGCGAUUCGAUUGACUUGGUGGCCAUUAUGCCGAGAUUCCGUAUACUAUUCCGUGUCAAUAUUAAUUUUAAUCAUGUGUUUAUCUGAUGGUCGUAUAACAUUAUUCGAAUCAACAUUUCUCCUGUGUAUGUAUGCAGGAUACAUAGUCAUUAUGUGUAAUAAUCAACGAUUACAACGUAUAAUUGUUGGUCGAUUGCAAGUAUUUCAAUCAUUUGGUGGUCCAAUUGAACCCAUAAUGAAUUAUGCUAAUACACAAAAAACAUAUGGAUUGAAAAAUACUUAUGAACAAUUUGAUGAGGAUGAUGAUGGUGGUCAAGCUUAUAAUAAUUCAUCAAUGAGACAGAAUCAAUUACCACUUGAUGAACAUAUUGCAAAAUCACGUAUACCAAUUGAUUUUGAAACAGCAGCAUUGAAAAUAAUGAUGUCAAGAUAUUUUCGAAGUCGAACUCGAUUUAAAAUGGCUGUUCGAUUUGUUAUUAGCCAUUUACGAUCACCAGGAUGUGGUACAACACAUCCUCAAAAGCCUGCAAAUGAAAGACGUUUUUCAUUUUACCAAGGUCGAACACCAAGUCUAUUAGCCGCGGAUGCAAAUUUUGACGAUUGGAAGAGAAUUCCAAAUUAUAAUUAUGAUCCAAUAAAUUUUGCUAAAUGGAUAAUAACAGCACCGAUUAAAAUUGUCUUUUAUUUUACUAUUCCGGAUUGUCGUAAUCCAAGAUGGUUUAAAUGGUAUCCAUUUACAUUUAUCAUGGCGAUUGUUUGGUUAUGUCUAUUGACAUAUCUAAUGGUCUGGAUGGUUACAAUUAUUGGCUAUACAUUUGGUAUACCAGAUAGUGUUAUGGGUAUAACAUUUUUAGCUGCUGGUAGUAGUGUUCCAGAUGCAAUGAGUAGUGUUUUAGUAGUUCGUCAAGGUCUUGUUGAUAUGGGUGUAUCGAAUACAUUUGGAUCGAAUGUAUUUGAUUUACUCGUUGGUCUUGCAUUACCAUGGUUUUUUAAAGCAUUAAUCAGUGGAGAAGCCGUACAUAUAAAUUCCAAUGGACUUAUGUAUGAUUCCGUUCUUUUACUUGGUAUUGUCGCUUUAACGGUCAUUAGUUUUCAUCGUCGAAAAUGGUAUUUAGAUAAAAAUCUGGGUAUUUUUUUUCUUGGUGUUUAUGGAAUAUUCGUGGUUGUUUCCUUAUUAAUUGAACUUAAUGUAUUUGGUUUUGUCAACCCACCUAUGUGUUAA